AUGAGCCAAAGCCCUCUGCUUGGCGCCGACUGGCGCAACGCCGACUUUGGCUCCAGCCUUCCAACAUCCGCCUCGAUCCGCGACACGCUCACAGGAGCCAUCAGCUCCACAAAAGCCUACUUGCAGCCCUUUACACCUGGCUCUCCCUAUCUGGGCUCCAAUGGCGUCCAUGGCCAGAACGAGGCAGGUCGUCUGCUUUCAGACGUUGCGCCACAGCUUAUGACCACUCGCAUGAUGGCAGCCGUGUCCAAUUCCAACACCGCACUCGGGCUCACACCUGACGGUCAACGGCGAGCCCGCCUGCUGUUGACUCCGGGCUUUUCCAUCAGCAGCCCUGCUCGAUCGCUGGUCCGCAUUGGCGGGUCUUUGAUUCAAUCUGGGAUCGGUCGUGGGCCCAUGAACGGCAUCACUUCUCAUGAGCUCUUCGUCUUGGAAGAAAGCGACCGCAUUCUCGCCACAGCAGCGCAGGAUCUCGAUCUCAACGCCAACGGCGAUGCACAGUCGGGCUCCAGAGCUGCCAUCGAAGCCGCCAAGCACAAGUCGGAACCAUCGGUCUCUCUUCUUCGAGGAUUUCAAGCAACAAUACCUAGCUCGACCGAGGGACGUCAACGGCGCAGGCGAGUACGAGCCAUUGCCAGUGGAUUCGAGGAUGGACCGGAAGGCCCCACCAAGCUGGGACUCAAAGCGAUGGGCGACAAGGCGCGAGGUCUGAUGGUCGAGGGCGUCGACACCGAGCCAGUUUCGGCAUUUCAAGCACGCGAGCAGCGUCACGCACGCCGGAAUCAGGCCAGUCGCAUACUCUCCAGAGGCAAGGAUGGGACACGCGCCUCGGUCAUUGAACUGGAGGAGCUCGAGAGGCAGCUGCGAGAGAUUGAACGCGAACAGGACGACGUCGGUGUCAGACGCUCGCUCAUCGACUCGGAGCUGUCUGCUGUAGAUGCCAAGAUCAAGGUGCUGGAGAAGAUCAAGGCGGGUCUCAACAAGAAGCUGCUCGGUCUUCGCGAAGAGGAAUUGGAGCUCAACGAUGAGCACGAGGGUGUGGGAGAGUUACUGGCCGUCCAGAAGCAUCUGCGUGCAAUGCCCGGUGGUCCUGCAGCGGCUGCCAAUGCGGCUGCUACCGGAGCUACGACCAGUCAGGGUAGCAGCCGUCGUCGAAAGGGACCGCUCUUCAUGCCCUCAGAACACGACGAGCUGCCAUCUGGCGUCGCCUUCAUGACGCUUGCAGAUCACUCGGCACCCAUCACCUCGCUCGAUUUCACCGAGCCUUACGGAACGCUGGUCUCAGCGUCGCUGGACGAGACCGUGCGCGUGUGGGAUCUAGCCUCGGGAGACGAGGUCGGCAGGUUGCGCGGUCACUCGGGGACCGUCAAAUGUCUGCAGGUGGAAGACGAGGUGUGCAUCACCGGUGGCUCGGACCAUUCCGUCCGCAUCUGGGACCUGACCAAAGUGCAGAACUUCGAAGCGAGACUCACCAUGACGGCUUCCGGAGAGCUUCCAGCGAGGAGGAGGUCGCCCGACUUGAAUCGCAGUCCUCAACUCGCCGGAGACGAGAGCACAAGCAGUAUCAAGAUCCGCAAUGGCGACACGACGUUCGCAGAAGAGGACGACGAGGAUGUGCGGGACGAAUUCGACCCAUGCGUCAAGAGCUUGGAGGGGCACAGCAAGUCAGUCACCGCAUUGUACUUUGACGACAACUGCCUCGUGACUGGUGCUUCCGACAAGACAUUGCGCCAAUGGGAUCUCAACACGGGCCAGUGCGUGCUGACGAUGGACAUCCUGUGGGCCAUCUCCAACCCGACUUCUUCCCAAGCACUAUCGCAGUCCGAGUUUGGCUUCCCUGACUCGCCCUCGCGCAAAGCAUCCUCCUCGUCCAUCCUGGGCUCGAACAGGCCCGGUUUGAGCUCGCGCGACUCAUUCUCGGUGUUGGACAGCCUCGCGGGCGCCUUCGCCUAUCCGACGCCACCGUACGCCGACGGCAGCUGGGAGAUGUACCAGGACUUUGUAGGCGGUGUGCAGUUCUGGGGCUACGCGCUGGCGAGCGGAUCCGGCGACGGCGGUGUGCGCAUGUGGGACAUGCGAACGGGUCAAGCGCACCGCACUUUGCUGGGCCACACAGCCCCCGUGACGUGCCUGCAGUUCGACGAGCACCACAUCAUCUCGGGCAGCUUGGACAAGUCGAUCCGCAUCUGGGACCUGCGCAUGGGCAGCAUCUCGGACACCAUCCGGUACGAUCACCCCGUCACGGCAUUGCAAUUCGAUUCGCGCAAGAUCCUCGCAGCAACGGGCGAGAACGAAGUCAAGAUCUUUAACCGCACCACGCUGCAGCAUGGAUCGUUGACGCUCAACGGACACACUUCGCCGGUGGAGAGGCUGCGUUACAUGGACCGAUACGCUGUCUCGGGUGGCAAGGACAGCGUGGUCAAGAUCUGGGCGCUGUAA